AUGGCUCCCACAAAGCGUUCGCGCGUAGAGAAGGCACGACAAUAUCUCGCUGGAGGCGCAGUAUUCCGCGAAGACUCCGACGACGAGCUUGGCUACGAAGACCACCCCUGGGAAUGGAUCUACAAUGAGAAUGGCAUCGACGAUGCGCAGCCAGAGAAUGCCUCGCCAAGAAAGAGAAAGACUGCGCCCACACCGCCAGGAAAGCGCAUAGUCGGUGCGCGCAUGGGCAACUUCAAGUGCAAAGUGGGAGAUACCGUACUGCUCAAGGCUGAGGGCAACCAGGCAUGGGUCGGCAUCAUCUGCGACUUCCACCAAGACCCGGAAGACGACGAGAAGAUGGCCAAGUUCUUGUGGUUCUCCUCCGAAAAGGAGAUCCGUAACCAGAGCAAAAAGCGCUCCGACUUUCUUCCCAACGAACUCUACAUAUCCGCCGCAUUCGACGACAACCCCUUAGCCUCGAUCAAUGGCACUGCCAAGAUAUUCUCCCUAGAUCGUUUCCAGGAGCUGUACCCGGCUGGCGUGAAAAAAGCCUCGAAAGACUACGGCAAGGUCUUCGUCUGUCGGAGGGGCUGCAAUACGCGCACGACCACAUACACACCAGAAUUCAAGUGGGAAGACGUAUACAACGAGGCCAAGGACAUCCCAACAUUGGUCGAUCUUGUGGGGUCUCAGACCAAAGCCACUAGGAGAACUGCCGGUCGUCCUAAGAAGCAACAGCAGCCCGACUUGGACCAAUUCGUGAUCCCUGACUCGGACGAUGAUGACUUGCCAAAAACUCCACGGAAGCGCCGGAAAAUUAAUGAAGCGACCACCCCCACAUCGACCAGGAAGAGCCCGGCUACCAGGAAGUUCCUUACUCCAACACACAAAAGGAUAGUGGUCAAGAAGCAGUUGGAGUUCACACCGCUUGGCACACGCGUGCUCGACCCUUCGGCCCUAAACUCACCAUUCCAGAUCGCGCGGAAUCAACUCCAUGUCUCUUCGGUACCUGCCGCUCUCCCUUGUCGAGAGGAGGAGUUCUCCACCGUCUACAGCCAUUUGGACGCGGCCAUCACGGACGGCUCGGGCUCUUGCAUCUACAUCUCGGGCACGCCUGGCACAGGGAAGACUGCAACUGUGCGCGAGGUCGUUGCCCAACUGCAAGCCUCAGUUCAAGCCGAAGAGUUAGACGAUUUCAUAUUUGUUGAGAUCAAUGGCAUGAAGGUCACAGACCCUCACCAAUCAUACUCGCUGCUGUGGCAGGCACUGCGCGGCGACCGGGUGAGCCCGUCACAUGCACUGGAGCUGUUGGAACGCGAGUUCUCCACCCCUAGUCCGCGGCGGGUACCUUGCGUGGUCCUGAUGGACGAGCUCGACCAACUCGUUACGAAAAAUCAGUCCGUCAUGUACAACUUUUUCAACUGGCCUGGUCUGCGGCACAGCAGGUUGAUUGUCCUCGCCGUAGCGAACACUAUGGACUUGCCAGAACGAACGUUAAGCAAUAAGAUCAGCAGCCGCCUAGGCUUAACGCGCAUCACCUUCCCAGGCUAUACACAUGACCAGUUGAUGCAGAUUAUCCAGUCGCGGCUCGAAGGUGUACCAGGCAACAUUGUCCAUCCUGACGCCGUUCAGUUUGCUGCACGCAAGGUGGCAGCUGUUAGCGGCGAUGCGCGACGCGCGUUAGACAUUUGCAGACGUGCCGUGGAAAUCGCCGAAUCGGAAACGAUAUCGCAGGACCGGGACGAUGAGGCGCAGCCAGCUACCCCGAGUAGGACCGGUCGGGGUAACAAAGGAAAUCUACCACCAAAUGCUCGGUCAAUUAAAGGUACCGGAGAUCCGGAUAGUCGGUCAAAAGAUCGGGCGGGGCGGAAAGGUAUAGUUACUAUGGCGACGAUCAAACAGGCCAUCAAUGAGGCCACGAGUAGCCCCCUGCAGCAAGCACUGCGGGCUCUACCGUUGGCGUCCAAGGUAUUCCUUGCGGCACUCUUGGCACGGAUCCGCAGGUCGGGCAUUGGCGAAGCGAUCCUUGGAGACGUUGUCGAUGAAGCCAAACGGUUGGGGCUCAUGAGUCAGUUGCUGCCUGUGCACGAUUAUAUCCUCGCCCCUGAGGACGGCAGUAGCGAAAUGAUGAACGGCACAGCGCAGUCUACCACGCCGUCGAAGAAUAGAGACACUGUUGUUAACCUUGGCUUGAAACAAUCGGACCUCAAGGCAGCAAGGGCACUCGGUCUUGCACUUGCAGCCACCGAGCUUGCAGAGGCAGGCAUUAUAGGAGUAGAGGCCCGACAUGGCGAGCGUGUAGGCCGCGUGAGGCUUGGCGUCGGUGAAGACGAAGUGCGGCUUGCACUAGGAGAUGAUGAGACUGUUCAUGGCUUAGGUUUCGGUGCGUGA